AUGCUAGCUUCUGGAUCUUCUGAUGGAAAUAUUAAAAUAUGGAGAUUAAUAAAUAACAACUAAUGGGAAUGUAUAUAUAAUUUUAAACAUUCAUCCUAUGAAGGGAAUAGCCAAGCAGUCCAAUCUGUAAUAUUAUAGAAUGAAAAAAUUGCGUUUAGUGGAGGAGAAGAUGGUAUCGUAAAAAUAUGGAAUUUAUAAGAAAAAUCUUUCUUUUAGGAACUUUAAUUUAACGAAAAAGUCGAAACUAUGCUUUUACUUUAAGAAAAAUGUAUUUUAGUUGGAUAUUAGAGUUAUAUUUGUGCCUGGGAAUUGAAUACUUUUUGCCUUUUUAAAUCUAUUCAAGCGCAUAAAGUAGGAAUCAUUAAACUCCUUUUCGUUAGAAGAAGAAGUGACUAGCCUUUAAUAAUUUCGGCAGGAAAAGAAGGGGUUGUUAAAAUUUGGGAAGCCUCCACUUUAAUUUUUUUAAGGUAAUUUAGUAUAAGUGAUAUUCUUUUGGAUAUAAUUUAUAUACCUUAUUGUGAUUAAAUUGUUGUAGCUUAGAAAAGUCAAAUUAUUAGCUUUUGGUUACUUGUUGGAAUGGAAAAAUUCAAAGAAAUUUAAUCUGAUGUUAAUAUUAAUAAACUUGCUUUUGAUAGUAAAUAAAGAAAGUUGUUUGUUCUAAAUAAUGAAAACCACACUCCUUUAUCCUUAUCUAUUUUUUAAGAGAAAUAUUUUGCCUCAAAAAUUCUUAUUUUUAACAAUGUAGAUUGUAAUAAAGGAGGCGGAAAUUACGGAUCUUGUUUAGCUUUAGGAGUUUGUAAAGUCUAAUAUUUUCUUGUUCGAGAUUUAAUAAGAUUUGGUGCUUAAGUAAAUAAACCUAAUGCCGAAGGAAAUACUCCUUUGCAUUUUAUAUUUUCUAAUUUUAUUAAAGAUCCAGAAGAAUCAGCAAAAAUAGCGCAAAUACUACUUGAUAAUGGUGCCAAUCCAAAUCUCGAAAAUAACGAAAAAUGGACUCCUUUACAUUUGGCAGUUAAAAAAGGAUCCAUUGAAGCAGUUUAAUUUGCACUUUAAUAUAAUAAUGUUUCUCCUAAAAAAGGUUUUAUGUUAAAUAAAGCAGGUGGAAUUGAAAAAAAUACAAUUCUACAUAUUGCAAGUGACGAUGCUGAUUUAGCGAUAAAAACAUAUAAUUUUUAUAGCAAUUUAAAGAAUUAUAAAUAAGUAAUGAAAAGUUAAAAUGCUCAAUAACCUGUACAAAGAACCUAAUAAUAAUUAAUCGAAGAACAAUGGCUUUAUGAAUAUUUACUAUAAUAUUUAGUAUCUCCAUUGUGGAAAAUACCUAUUCAUGAAUUUAUUGAUAAUAAUUGUAUUGUUUUUGAUGACGAAGAAGAAAAUAAAUUUGCGUAAAAAAAAAAAAAAAACAAAACAAAAAUAAAAAAAAAAAAUAGUUAUACAGACCUUCAUAAAGAAUUUAAGAAAAUGAUAGAAAAAUAAAUUGAAGAUUUAAUGAAUGAAGUAGGAAUUUCCUAAGAUAAACUACUUUAAUAUAUAGAGAUAGGUUUAUAAAACAAACGUCAUUCUAAAAUUUUCGAAUAACUUAUACUUGUUGAUAAUUUCCUUGCUUUUAAAAUGAUGAUGGUAAAAAGAAACAAACAAUUAGAAUUAGAAGCUUUAAUAGAGCUAUAAAAACAAUAAAAUACUGAGUUUACUGAAGAUGAUAAAAAUAAAUUAAAAAAAGCUUAAUUAGAAGCUGAAAAAGCUGAAAUAGAUCAUGCUAUUUAAAUGAGUUUAGCAUUAGAAGAAGAAAUGAAAAAACUUUAAUCCGCAUAAGAUGAAGAUUUAAUGAGAGCUCUUGAGUUGUCUAAAAUUUAAUAUUAAUAAGAAGAAGAAUUGAGACAAUCUAAAAUUUAAUCUUAAAAGGUUCAUUCUACUGAUAUAAAAUAAAAUCUACCUACUAUAGAAAUAUAACAAUCUAUUAUUUAAAAAGAUCCCUUAGUUUAAUAAGAAGCUAUAGCUAAAAAAGAACCUGUCGUUUAACAAGAGUUAACAAAAUCUUCAGAAAAGAAUAAUGUUUAAUAAACUAUACAAAAAUAACCAGUAAUUGAUAAAAAAGUAGAAGAAACAUAAAAACCACCUGUCUAAAAAUAAAUUGAUGAACUAAAAAUAGAAGAAUAAAAGGAAGAGAAAUAAUUACCUCCAAUUAAAUCUAAUUUAUAUAGUCUUCCUCCUAUUUCUGAUAAAAAACAUGAAAAACCUAUUGAAGAUUUACUAAAAGAUAGAGAUAGUUUACUCACUUAAUUGAAUACCUACAAAGCUGUUGAAGAGAAACUAAAAAAUUAACAAAUUCCAGAAAAAAAAGAAGAAGAUGCAAAAGGAGAAACACUAUAAGAAAGAAAAUAAAGACUACUUGCCUAAAGAGAAUUAUUAAGAAAAAAGAAAUAAUUAUAAAGAGAAGAAGAACUAAAAGAAUACAAAUAAACUGGAAAAAUUUAAUAAAAUAAUGAAGCUGAAGUUCUUAUUGAAGAAAGCCAAAUUUCAUAAAUUUCAGAUGAAGAAAAAUAAAAAAGAGCUAAUCUUAUCAAAAAAAUUAAAUAAAAUAUGUGA